AUGGCUUUUCCAUCAGAGCGUCUUUCGUGUCUCGCGCGGCUGCUCGUCUUCUCCCUCCUCCUCGUCUAUUCCUCCCCUGCCGCAUGUUUCUCUGAUUCUGCGGCCUUUCGUGCAGAUGCCAGUACAUGCGCCUGCUCCAACCCCGUAUCCCGUGCCAUCCUCGCCGCCGCCCCCCCCACCACCUUCGCCAUCACCACCUCCUCCGCCCAUCCCCCCUCCUCCGUCGCCACCUCCCCCUCCGCCGUUGCCGUCUCCCCCUCCCCCACCGUCGCCGCCGCCUCCGCCGUCUCCCCCACCGUCUCCGCCUCCUUCUUCGCCUCCGUCUCCUCCGCCGUCUCCCCCACCGCCAUCUCCGCCGCCACCAUCGCCUCCCAGUCCCCCAAACCCUCCACCGCCCCCUUCUCCCUCUCCCCCCUCCUCCCCGCCGCCACCGCCAUCCCCGCGUCCUCCAUCCCCCCCACCAAGCCCCCCUUCACCUCCGCCCCCGUCACCUCCUCCGCCCCCCUCUCCGCCCCCCUCUCCUCCGCCCUCUCCUCCCCCCCCCCUCUUCUCCACCCCCCUCUCCGCCCCCCCUCUCCUCCGCCCUCUCCUCCCCCCCCCUCUCCUCCACCCCCCUCUCCACCCCCUUCUCCCCCCCCCUCUCCGCCGCCUGCCCCUGCCCGUCUGAACGAUCUGAUCGUGGGAGUGGAGGGAACGCCGCGGGAGCUGCUGGCGCCUCGAUUCUCUCGUGACGUGACGACCUACAACGUGACUGUACCUUCACGGAGUGUGACUCUAACGCCCGUACUGUGCGGGGAGGAGCAGUGCAAGGUGCUGCAAGUGCGUGUGAAUGGGUAUGUAGUGGCGAACAACACAGCCAGCCCGCAGCUAGAGUGGCACGACAUCAAGGAGGGUGCUGCUGUGGCGCGUGCGGAUGCUGAAGUCGUGGUGGAGGGUCAUGGCUACUCGCCCACCACUUACCAUGUGCAUGUGCUGCUGGUUCCCUCCCAUGCCACUUUUUGGUGGUGGGCUGUGAUCAUCCUCAUUGUGCUCAUCUCUCUAGCUAUGACGCUGCUCUUUGUGCUCAUCACGCCAGAGGCAAACAGGCCCGCCUGGAUGCAGAGCAGCAUCCACUGGCUACAGCAGCAUAUGCGUGGUGGCUAUGCUCCGCUUCCUUCUGCUUAG